AGACUUGCCUGUGCCUCAACGACAAUAAACGGUAGACGGUACUUAUAAUUGCAAUCAGCUAUUAUGAUGAUAACAGAUAACAAUAGUGCUAGUUCAAUGUAUAAUUUAGAAGGAAAUACCAUCGACAAAAGGGUUACCGAAAGUGAUCCAAAGAUUUGUGUUAAUAGACCUUCAUCGCCACGAAAAUUUUUCGAACGAUUGUAUGGUCAUUUGGAAAAGGAAAAUCCCAAACCACGUUGUGAUGAGCUUAGUACAGAAACUGGAAGUCAUUCUGUCGAUCCUAUACGAUCUCCUUCAGUAAGUUCGGACAGCACGAGCCGAUCUUCCCCAACAUUAGAUAUCGAAGAAAUGGAUACGCUCUAUAGUGAUUCAGUGCAAUUUAGUGAUACGUACGAUCAACGUUCAUAUUCAGGAUACACCUCAACGCUACCAAUAGGUCAGGCGUCGUUUGGACAACAAGGAUUAGUUCCGGUACAACCGUUAAGACCUCUAGCAGGAGGGUAUGGUGGUACAUUUAGACCAUUCUUCGGACUUGGUCCAGAUGGGUCCCAUAUACCCGCUGGGCUCUCGGCGUUUCUGGCAAGACGGAGAAAGAAAGAAGGACGACCCCGCCGUCAAAGGACCACCUUCAGCAGCGAACAAACUUUACGGUUAGAGGUUGAAUUCCAUCGAAACGAGUACAUAUCCAGAGGAAGGCGCUUCGAGUUGGCGGAAAUUUUGAAGCUAUCAGAAACACAAAUCAAAAUUUGGUUUCAGAACAGAAGGGCGAAGGACAAACGCAUCGAAAAGGCGCAGAUUGAUCAACAGUACAGGGCAUUUGCGGCCGUGAAUGGUCUAUUCUCUCCUUUCAAUUCACAAUACCCACAAGUGCUUGGAACCAACAUGAGUGCAGUAACAGCGACAUCACACUGUUUCUAUGAUCAAGUCACAUCUCCAUCUAGAGACGAACAAAGUAUAACGAAAUAAAAAAAUGUAAAACAA